AUGAUCGCUCCAACAUCUUCAUUGACAGAGAAUGUCCCGACCAAAUUCGACGAAAGAAACCCCCACGUUCAGUCUAUAGUAGGCGAUGGAGCACUGCAGCUGCUGGCCGAAGCCGGUUCGCUCAGAGUUCUUGAUCCCAAGACAUCUAGACGACUUUUGCGCAAAAUAGAUUUGUAUAUCAUGCCACUGAUCUGCAUCGUGUACUUCCUCCAGUAUCUGGAUAAGAUCGCCAUCAGCUAUGCCAGCGUCACCGGGAUGCGCGAGUCAGCAAAACUCUAUGGGAACCAAUUCAACUGGGUGUCGAGUGUGUUCUUUUUCGGCCAGCUCGCGUUCUCCUUCCCCACAAUGCGCCUGGUGCAAGCAUUCCCCCUGGCAAGAUAUGUGGCUGUCAACGUUACCAUCUGGGGCACCAUCCUGGCCUGUAUGUCCGCGUGUCAUUCCUUUGCCACUCUGAUGGUCUGCCGCACGCUUCUGGGCGCCGCAGAAGCCGCUAUCGUGCCUGCCUGGGUGGUCUUCACCUCGCAGUGGUACCGGAAGGAGGAACAGGCUUUCCGCGUCGGUCUGUGGUUCUCCAUGUGUGGAUGGGCGCAGAUGUUCGGCGGCUACGUCGCAUACGGUGUAGCAAUUCAUAUUGGUGGGGAUCCUAGUGCGUCCCUGCGAGGUUGGCAGGUCAUUUUUCUGAUCCUGGGCCUGCUGACCGUGGUGAUCGGCAUUCUCUUCUUCUUCAUCCUGCCCGAUUCCCCUGUUACUGCGGGAUUCUUGUCCCCAGAAGAAAAGGCAAUGCACGCGGAGCGUCUUCGAGGCAACGGGCAGGGCAUUGGAAGCAAUGUUUUCAAAAAAGCUCAAUUUUUUGAAGCCAUUACCGACCCGCACACUUGGCUCUACUCUUUCUGGGUCCUGGCGGCAAAUGUACCAAACUCCAUUGCCACGAGUUUUGGAAAUACCAUGGUAACGGGGAUGGGCUACUCGCCAACUCAAAGUCUCUUACUUGUGACCCCGUUGGGGGCUUACGAGGUGGUGGUCUUGGUUGGCUUGACCUAUCUGGCAAUGAAGACACAGCAGCGACUAUUCUGGUGCAUCAUGGGCCAUAUCCCAGGAAUCGUAGGGGCGAUUCUUAUGGCGACAACUGACAAGGCGCCGGCUCUUGUGGGAUACUACCUCUCUGGGGGCAUUCCGAUCGGAUGGACGACAAUCCUUGGGCUCACCAGUACCAAUGUAGCUGGAUCAACUAAGAAGAUCACCGUGUCGUGCAUCCAGACGAUCGCCUACACUGUCGGCAACAUCAUCUCGCCCCAGACAUUCCAAGCCAAAGACGCCCCACAGUAUUUGCCGGCCAAAAUCUCUAUUGUCAUUUUGUACUUCCUCAUUACAGCAGAUCUAUGCCUUAUCCGGUGGGUAUCAAUCCGGGAGAAUCGCCGGCGUGAUCAGGAGAAGGAGGCAUUGGGUGAGGCGAGCGUCCUACCAGAGAACCACGAGUUUUUAGACCUAACAGACCGGGAGAAUCCGAACUUUCGUUAUGCUAUAUGA